AAGAACCCAUCAAUCACGAUGGAUACGUUCAAAGACAAACCUACACAGAGACCAGUAUCACCAUGGUGGAAGCUGUUUAAACGCAAUUGGGAAUAUAAAGUUGCAUUUUUCAUAGGGAUAUAUUUUCUUAUUUCUCAUGUCAUACUAGAAACUACCGAUCAUACUCGAGAACGUGGUUUGAAUAACCACCUUCGUGUGCUCCCACAAGAAGUCAUUGAACAUUACGAUGCAACCAGAGAAUUUGAUAAUGCUGAUUUCAAUGUUGAGAAGUUUGCAUAUGUACAAUAUGCUACAAAUUAUGAUUAUUUAAACUUGGCAAUUCUUAAUUUCAUUCACUUAAGAAAAUCAGGAACCAAGAUCCCUAACUUGGUGAUUAUAUACGACCAAAUCCUUCAAUUUGUGGCUUCAGAUAAAUGGAGUGAUUUGUACCAAAUUGCAAAUUAUUACAAGAUUAAAGUCAAGUCAGCGCGAUUGCUAGUGGCAAGUUAUAGUGACACUUCAAGCUGGGCAGCUUCGUUUACAAAAUUUCAUAUUUUCAAUCUUGAAGAAUAUGAGAGAAUUGUCUAUUUUGAUUCUGAUUCCAUGUUUGUUAAUGUUCCUAAGUCUGGUGAUAUCGACUUUAACACACUUAAUAACACAUAUUCCAAUAUCGAUGAGUUAUUUAAAUUGCCCCGGGAAAUAUCGUUUGCCUUGCCCCAGGCAUAUUGGUUAAACAAUGUGGUUGAAGGAAAAGGACAAUUGAAAGCUAAGAAGAAAAUAGAAAUCCCUGAUAAGAGAAGACAUAAUCUUCGAAUGAAGAAACUCGUCAACGAUAUAAAGAGAUGCGGUGAUCCUAGUCGAGAAUUUGAAUUGUUACCUCAGUUGUUGUAUGAACAACAUAAGUUUGACAAUUUUGACAAUUUCUUUGCUAAUCAUGUUAUGGUGAUCACACCAUCGAAGGCAACAUUUAAAAGGUUAAUGAAAUACGUGCAUAAUCCUUGGUAUUGGAGUUUCACUAAUAGAGCCAAUGUCAAGAAAGGCAGUGAUUACGACAUGGAAAUCCUCAAUAAGUUUAUUGAUAACGAAUUGAGAAAAAACAAGCACGAUUAUAAGUUUGCGAUUUUACCACAUCGUGUUUAUGGAGUUUUAACCGGUGAAUUCAGAGAAGAAUGGCAUGAACGAUUUGUUGUAGAGCCUCAAUAUCUUCCAUUUAUUAAAAAGAAGUCUAAUAAAGGAUGGGAACCCAUGGAAAUAUUCAGAAGUCUUAAGAUGAUACAUUUUUCCGAUAGUCCGAUCCCUAAACCUUGGGAAGAUGAAAAUAACUACGACCCAUACAAUACUAAAAAGAUAUUCUGUAAGGAUGGAGAUAUGGAACAAUACAAUGAACAGUUUCCCUCGGAAUUCAAGCCACGAUUAGUAGAAGAUUGUGCUAGUGUUGACAUUUGGAACUGGUUUAGAAAAGAGUACUUUAAACAAAGACAAGGGUUUUGGUUUUCCGAUUAAAUAGCAUUUAGUAGUUAAGAAUAAACUUUUGAAACCGGUCAUAACGGACG